AUGGGAUCCUAUCACCUCGCCUGGCUAUUCUUCGACUCCGUCCUCUGCAUUAGAAAACCAUUACUAUCAUCAACUGCUACUCUCCAUCAUCAGCAGCUGAUGACUCGGAACUUGAUGCUUUUUGAGGAUUUGGAGGAAGUCAUCCGCAAAGAAAAUUCCUUUUACAAAUUCGUCGUGGCUGAUUUCAACGCGAAAAUCGGGAUGUUAGAAGAAGGGUGCAUAGGAUCGGGAGAUUUGGAACAGGACUCCGGAAUGAGAACGGCAACCGUCAUGUGGGGCUCUUAUCUGCCGCACGACUUUUUUAUGGCAACUCCAUCUUUAUGGAGAAGGAACACCGGCGGUGGACGUGGGAGUCCAGCAGUACGACUCAUGCGGAGAUCGACCACAUUCUGGACGUCUCAGUAA